GACGGAGCAGCAGCCUCGGCGUCUGUCAGUCUGUCGGCUGCUGGUCCCCGAGGACAGAAGUGGAGGUUUCAGGGAAAGGACCGGGGCCUUGGUUGAGCCCCCAGAACUGGCUGCUGGGCCCCAGACAAGUGUGAACACAACUGAGUUCUGUCCACGGCACCUCCUGCAUGUCCUGCUGUCCUGAGCUGCCCCACACUAGGUGACAGCGUGUCACGCUGCCACCAUGAACGAAGUGUCUGUCAUCAAAGAAGGCUGGCUCCACAAGCGUGGGGAAUACAUCAAGACCUGGAGGCCCCGGUACUUCCUGCUGAAGAGUGAUGGCUCCUUCAUUGGGUAUAAGGAGAGGCCCGAGGCCCCCGACCAGACCUUACCCCCCUUAAACAACUUUUCUGUUGCAGGUGCGUCCCAGAGGCAGGAAUGCCAGCUGAUGAAGACCGAGAGGCCGCGGCCCAACACCUUUGUCAUUCGCUGCCUGCAGUGGACCACAGUCAUCGAGAGGACCUUCCACGUGGACUCUCCAGAUGAGAGGGAGGAGUGGAUGCGGGCCAUCCAGAUGGUCGCCAACAGCCUCAAGCAGCACCCGGGGGAGGACCCCAUGGACUACAAGUGUGGCUCCCCCAGCGACUCUUCUGUGGCCGAGGAGAUGGAAGUGGCCGUCAGCAAGGCCCGGGCCAAGGUGACCAUGAACGACUUCGACUAUCUCAAGCUCCUCGGCAAGGGCACCUUUGGCAAAGUCAUCCUGGUGCGGGAGAAGGCCACCGGCCGCUACUACGCCAUGAAGAUCCUGCGGAAGGAGGUCAUCAUUGCCAAGGAUGAAGUUGCCCACACAGUCACUGAGAGCCGGGUCCUCCAGAACACCAGGCACCCCUUCCUCACCGCGCUGAAGUACGCCUUCCAGACCCACGACCGCCUGUGCUUCGUGAUGGAGUACGCCAACGGCGGGGAGCUGUUCUUCCACCUGUCGCGGGAGCGCGUCUUCACGGAGGAGCGGGCCCGGUUUUACGGCGCAGAGAUCGUCUCAGCCCUGGAGUACUUGCACUCGCGGGACGUGGUGUACCGUGACAUCAAGCUGGAAAACCUCAUGCUGGACAAAGAUGGUCACAUCAAGAUCACAGACUUUGGCUUGUGCAAAGAGGGCAUCAGCGACGGGGCCACCAUGAAAACCUUCUGUGGGACCCCGGAGUACCUGGCGCCCGAGGUGCUGGAGGACAACGACUACGGGCGGGCCGUGGACUGGUGGGGGCUGGGCGUGGUCAUGUACGAGAUGAUGUGCGGCCGCCUGCCCUUCUACAACCAGGACCACGAGCGCCUCUUCGAGCUCAUCCUCAUGGAGGAGAUCCGCUUCCCACGCACGCUCAGCCCCGAGGCCAAGUCCCUACUCGCUGGGCUGCUUAAGAAGGACCCCAAGCAGAGGCUCGGCGGGGGGCCCAGCGACGCCAAGGAGGUGAUGGAGCACAGGUUCUUCCUCAGCAUCAACUGGCAGGAUGUGGUCCAGAAGAAGCUCCUGCCGCCGUUCAAACCUCAGGUCACAUCCGAAAUCGAUACCAGGUACUUCGACGACGAGUUCACCGCCCAGUCCAUCACGAUCACCCCCCCGGACCACUAUGACAGCCUGGGCUCCCUAGACGUGGACCAGCGGACCCACUUCCCCCAGUUCUCCUACUCGGCCAGCAUCCGCGAGUGAGCAGCCCCCGCCGCCAACGGCCGCUUCAGGACGCACGCACGGCUGCCAUCCCUGCCGGGUGGCUUCAGCUUUUCAUUUUGCCUUCUUUGUUUGUAUCCCUGUCCCUCCCCUCCGCAGCCCUCUCCCCAGCUCCGGGGUCCCUGCGGCCCUUGCUCCCAGGGAGCGCCUGGUCCUACCCCUCAAGCCUUCAUUCCCAGAGUAAUAUUUGGGAGACUUUCCACUUCCUGCCCCAGGACUGGGCCUUGGGGGUUGGGAAGAUUCAGAUUUUUAAUCAGCACAAGCCCCAAGGAGGGGCGAAGCAAGGAGCCUCAGAGUCUGCCUGAACUUCCGCCCUCGCUGCUGCCCCCGUGGACGCCUGGCGGACGGGCCCUGGGUCUCGGGCUGGAACGGCCUGGCAUGGGGCAGUCCAGCCCCCUUCCCCCCAUGGGGGCAGAAAAGCAAUAAUGUCCAGGGACAGGCGGGGUUCCUCUGGAAGCGGUGGGGUCAGGGGUUUUAAGGGUCCCUAGCCAGGGCCUUGGAUCUGCCCUGAGGGGAAGCAGGAGGGGCCCCGGGGGGUGUCGGCGCUGCCUCCCGGCCCUGCCUCCCUUCCCCACCCCCAUGCUGCUCUCCCGACCCCGGGGAUGAGGCAGGAGGAACAUUUGGGGGCCAGGCCCCCCGCUGCCCCAGCCCUGUGCCUUACCAGUCCUUCCUGCAGCUGGCCUUCCCCCCGUUGGACCCUGGGCCUGGGCAUGGCCCUGUCGGAGGGGCCGGGAUGGCCCCUUUCCUCUGCCCAGGGCGGAGGCCGCCAGCUCGGCUGUUACACAUUGCACCGAGACAGUAUUGGGCCCUGCGGACUUGAGUCGGGUCCCCUGGUACGCGUUCGGGUGGGGGGGGCCUCUGAGAAGGGAGGCUCCCAGGCCACCCCCUCCCAUCUCUCCAGGCCCCCUGUUCUGCAGCCUUAAGGUGAGCACGAGUGCAUGUCAGUGCUGUGGGCACAGGUGUGCAUGCCUCAGACUGUCGGUGGGCGUCUCUGUGUGCCUGGGACGCAGAUGCACAGAGGUGUUUGUGGGUGUGUGUGCGUGUGUGCGUGUGUGCCCUCAAGUGUGUGUGUGUGUGCAUGCGUGGUGCGUGCGGGCUUGGGUCCCCAUCCCCGGCUCAGGCAUUUCAUCCUGUGGGGGGAGGGGUGCUGGCUUAGUGGGAGGAGCCAUGCCUGGGAUCCACCCCCCACCCCACCGCACCCACCCACCCAGCGUCUCCAGGGGUUGGCGUUUAGUUUUAUGGUUUGGAGCCUUCCACCCCACCUUGUAUACUAGGCAGUUCACAGAAGGGCGUUGUGGGAUGGGAUGGGGUGGGGAUUGGUUGGGUGGGGUGGGGUGGGGGGUCUUUUUUCCUUUUUGUGUGUGUAUGUUGUUGAUCUGACAAUUCUCCCCCAUCCCCACUGGUCUCUCCCUGAUACUUGUAUUUUUACGGUACAAGCAAUAAAGACACUUGUGUCACACCAGGGCCUGGCCUGCACUUGGGCUGGCCCAGCACCCUGGCCCCUCGCUUGUGGCGCCCAGCCCUGGGUGCCAGCUGCCUCCUGGCCCGUCGGCCUUGUUCAGAGGGCCCUCUCGUGCCCAGAGGCGGGCAGGCAGGUGGGCCAGGCCGAGCGGAGGUGUGCGGGUGGGUGAGGAGGAACUAGGUGGGUCCCUGGACUUGGCCAGCUUGGGGGAGGGG